AUGGUGUAUGCCACAAUGAAAAAUGCUACUGUGAAGACGGAUAUCGCGGAGCAAGUUGUGAAGAAGAAUACUCUGCUGAUGGUUGUGGCCGGAAAGAAAUUCGUUUACGAGAUCAGACUGAACCGGAGCCGGAUGCUGACCCAGCAUGUACUAGUCGUGGUAGAAUUGAUUCGGAAUCAGGGCGCUGCUUGUGCAUUCCCGGAUAUCACGGGAAGAAAUGUGAAUUAG